AUGGCGGUGUUUUCGACCCAAUAUGCAUGGAAAAGAGAAGGACUCAUCAAGAACUCAACGCCAUCGAGACGCAUUCUUGCGAUCUCCUGCGUUGUUCUUUCAGGCACAGCCCUGAUUGUGUCCUUGGCGUCUAUUGUUACUAUCAAAUCCCGAUUGAAAGAGGUCACCUCAGCACACUCAAGAGGAACAGUUACCGACUGGAACGACUAUCUUAACGGUCAGAUUGGCGUGUGGAUAUUGGCCUGUUUGACGCAGUGCGCGUUAUAUUCUUCUCUGCUAUGGAGCAAACCUAAACCACAAAUCCAGCCGAUAUCCCUCUCUGGACCUCGGGACUCAGUCAUGUCAGAAGUACGACACUCAGACCAAACGGCUAAUUUGUACAUUCUGGAGCCAACUCAACCAUCCUCACCGCUCGCUGCGCUUCCUUCUCCGACAUUCUCCACCCGUUCGUCUCAGUCGCUGAAGUCUUGGCGGGAGUCGCUUCACCAUGCGGUACGACCUGUCACGUCUCGGACAAAGCUCAUCAAACAACCGUCUUUCACACGUGACGCACGGAGCAUCUACUCAGACGGUCACUCGAUCGCUAACGUAUCACAGUCUGACGGCUUUGACUCCUGGGAGGUAGGUCGCCGUUCGCAUAUCAGCCUUUCCAACAAAGAUGCAGCUAUACAACUAGCAUCAGCACCAUCUCGCGGAACUGCUCUCGAGCCAAUUCCUGGAAGUCGCCCUGCAUCUCCGGCUCGCGCACUAGAUGGUCCCUUUCCGGCAUCCGACGACGGGCAUGACGAGUUGCCUCCUCCCCCUAAGCUGAUGCCUGAUAUCUCACGGCCACCAAGUCCUGCCAUCAGCGAAGCGCAUAUACAUCCCCUAUUCCGAUCCGAGAGCCCCACUCCGCCUCCAGCAGCAACACCCGGCACAAGUAUUGUCGCCAGUCCGCUGGCCAAUCAGAUGAUCGCGUGCCCACCGCGUCCCUAUAGUCGGAUGCGGUCAAAUAGCCGCGCUGGUAGUCCAAGCCCUCUGGUGCAUUCCCAAAGUUUUCAAGAGCGCGCCAUGACGCCCCAGCGGAAUUCAAGAAGCCCGUCACCGCCCAGCCGAGAGAUGACUCCGCCAAUCCCAGAUUUCGUCCUCAAUCCUUCACCGAGAAGCAGUAUGAGCGGGACGCACAGCCGGCGAAAAGUCAGCCUGCCGGUGGAAACGGGCCGAUGA